AUGGGAUUCCAGAUCUUUAACUUUUUAAAGUACUCUAUGAAAGUGCUGGUGGUGAUAUUAUUGCUGAUAUUUCUGACAACUGUAGCAUACUCUUUUCCUUCAUCCGAGACUACGAUGCAUACUAAUAAUUGGGCUGUUUUAGUCUGCACCUCUCGGUUUUGGUUUAAUUAUCGACAUAUGGCCAAUACUUUAUCAUUGUAUAGGACAGUUAAGCGGCUAGGAAUACCUGAUGAGAGGAUUAUACUCAUGCUAGCAGAUGACAUGGCAUGCAAUGCAAGAAACAAGUAUCCUGCCCAAGUUGUUAAUAAUGAAAACCAUAGACUUAACCUGUACGGGGAUAAUGUGGAGGUAGAUUAUCGUGGCUAUGAAGUAAAUGUGGAAAACUUUAUGCGGGUACUAACAGGUCGUCAUGAGACUGCUGUUCCGAGGUCGAAACGACUACUCAGUGAUGAAGGAAGUCAUAUUCUUUUAUACAUGACAGGGCAUGGAGGUGAUGAGUUUUUAAAGUUUCAGGACUCGGAAGAGCUUCAAAGUCACGAUUUAGCUGAUGUUGUAAAGCAAAUGAAAGAGAAACACCGGUUUAAGGAGCUGCUGAUAAUGGUGGACACCUGCCAAGCCUCUACUCUGUUCUCACAGUUUCAUUCACCGGGCGUUUUGGCAAUUGGAAGUAGCAUGAAAGGACAGAACUCAUAUUCACAUCACUUGGACUCAGAUGUGGGUGUUUCAGUUGUUGACCGUUUUACAUUCUACACUCUUGCGUUCUUUGAGAGGCUAAAUAUAUAUGACAAUGCUUCAUUGAGCAGUCUUUUCAACUCAUAUAACCCAAAUUUGUUGAUGUCAACUGCAUAUUACCGAAUGGACCUGUAUCAACGACAGUUAGAGAAGGUACCUGUGACAAACUUUUUUGGCUCUGUAAUGAAAACAAUACACACUAACUCAGCCUACAAGUCUCAGUCGAAUAGAAUUAAAUUGUCUUUGGAUCAAUCAACCUCAGACAAUGGCAGAAGAAUUUUGAAAAGCUCUGAUGAUGAUGAGGACCAAUUUAAUAAAUUAAGUACAGAGGAACAUUUCAACGGUGUUGGACAACUGUGGAAUACUAUUCUCAACAAAGUGAAUACUUUUGAAAGCAUUGAUGCUUUUGUUUUCUAUGGCCUUGUUUCAAUGCUUCCUCUGAUGAUAGUUUCUACGUGGCUAUCAUCAUAG